AUGUUUAAAGCUACAUCCCCUCUUUUAGGAGGUCUGCUAUGGAAAAUCCCAUGGCGCCUCUCCAGCCGACAAAAGUUCCGUCAACGCAAACGUCUCCGCUCAGUUGAUAACGUUGUUGAUACGAUCGCCGCUGCCCUCGAGCGCAAUGGACUUCCUCAAGUGAAAGCGGUGGAGCGAUGGUAUGCCGAAAUGCCCCGGGAGGAGGAAAUGUUGCCCAAGGAUAAAUACUCGAUAUACGACCGGAAGGAGAAGACAUAUCGAAAGGGUAUUCACAAAUUGCCCAAGUGGACGAGAGUCAGCCAACGUAUCAACCCUCCUGGUUUCUAA